AUGCUCAAGGCUGCCUCGCUUCUGUUCGUCGCUCUGUCGGCGUCUGCCCUGCCGGCCAACACCGUCAACGACAUCAACCCAACCGCUCGCAACACCACCUUUGCGCCCAAGCCCAACCCUCCCGUGCCCGACCCGGUGAAUGAUCCCGCCUGGCUGAUCGCCACCUCCGGCUUCUGCUCGAACCUCAACGUCGUGAUGAAGGAGCGCGACGUCGAGGCGAGCGAGACGGAGGGCGAUACCGCGGCCCACUUCAUCGCCGGCAUCGAGUUCAACUACUACCCGCAGACGGCGGUCAAAUUCACCGAUUUCCCUCACCACCUCGCGAAGACCAUCGAGGGCGACGCGGCAGAGGCGGACGCGCUGGUCUCAAGCGCGUGGGAUCACAAGAACAUCGCGCUGCUCGAGCCCACGUCCUCGUGCGGCGCUGACAAAGACCAGGCUUGGGGCAUCUCGGUCUUCAAGGUGGAGGAGCACCGCCCUUGCGCGGACGGCGAGACUGCGUGGGAGGGCCACCCCUGCGUCCACUACUCCGGCUACGUGUCGGCGGCUACGUCCAACUUUGUCAAGCUCUCAGCCAUGCAGCUGACCGCCGAGAGUGAGAAGAAGCGGAAGCAAAAGGGCGAGAGCCAGGUGGAGAGGCGGCAAUACAACAGCGUGCUCGGGGAGCUGGAGUCGUCCAAGCUGUAUGGUCAGACGCCCAAGAUGUUUGAGCUCGACCAGCUCGCAAACAUGCUGCGGAAGGGACGGCUCAACCUGUUCCCAAAGUACCAACGCGACUAUGUGUGGAAGCCGGAGCGGGCCAGCCGGCUCGUGGUGACCGUGCUGUGCAACCGCAUCGUGCCGGGCGUGGUGCUGCACGAGAAGGAGAAGGGGGUUUACGAUGUGGUCGACGGCAAGCAGCGGCUCACCUCGCUACUCUGCUUCUACAUGGCAAGCGAGGACCGUAGCUUCCUCGCGACGCUCAUGCGGCAGCCGCCCGUCUUCGAGAGGCUCUCGAAGCUCGAUGAGAAUUACGAGGACCUCAACGGCCUCUCGUACUCUCACCUCUCGCGCGAGCGUCAGUUUGCGCUGCAGUCCUUCACCGUUUCCUGCACCAUCAUCCCGCACGACACGCCGCGCCAGGAGGUGUUUGCAGCCUAUGAGGACAUCAACUCGGGGGGCGAGGACCUCAAGGCGCAGCAGCUUCGUCGCGCCGCCUACUUUGGUGCCUACAUCGAGCUGCUUGACAAGCUGGCCACGAACCUCGAUUUCCAGUAUGUGCGGGACCCGCGAGCGGCGCGCGCUGGCACGUACACCCUCGACCCAAAGGAGUCGGACCGUGAGAUGAUCCUGCGCGCCUUCGCCUUCAACCGUGGCUGGCAAGGCUACAUUCGGCCUGUGAAGACCUUCCUCAACCUCGAGCUCGAGAGCUUUGAGGAGCUCGACGAGGCGCGCAAGCCGGUGACCCUCCGUGAGCUGGAGGAGGAGUUCUGUUGGGUCCUCAAGACGGCGCGGCAAGUCUGGGGUCCGGAGGACGCGUUUGCCCGCAAGUGGGAGCCCUCCCGUUCUUGCGACGAAUGGGUCUGGUCCAACUCGGUCAGCCUUCAGCUGUGGGACGUCAUGUACUCUGUACUCGCGGAGCUGAGGCUCGAGAACUUCUCGACGCUCUCCUUCACGCAGAGUGCGGGCGGCAUCGUCAAUGCCUUCAAGCGCCUGUUUGAGCGCGACCUGCUCGAUAUGGGCGGGCAGGUGACUGUUGCCAAGUUCGCUGCGCGGCGCGACCUCGUCAAGGCGACACUGAAAUCGCAGCUGCCGCAGCCACUCUCGAGCAGCCGCAGCUUCGCCAACCCCGAGGCGCUGCGCCUCCGCUGCUUCUCGGCCCAGCUCGGCGCGUGCGCCAUCUGCGGUCAGCCGCUGGACCCUUCGCGGCUGCACGACGGCACGUACGCGCACCUCGAUCAUCGGCUGGGCGAGGAUGUGCGGGGCGAGGUCCGGCGAGAGGAGGACCUCGGAGAGGACCCACUCGGGCUGCUCCACGAGCCGUGCGGCGUGCUCCUCCGCCACGCGCAGCGCGGCGGCGCUCCAGAGGGGCGCCUGCUCGUCGAUGAAGGCGACGAGCUGCUCUGGCGAGAGGCCAGACAGGCGGGCGCCGAUGCGAACAGAGCGUGCAAGUACUACAAGCUGACGAGCGACAACGAUGGGGAGGCCAUCCGCUGGACAAGCAACUACCAGAUCAUCAGCAAGGUGUACAUGAAGAAGCACUCCAGCCUGCCUCUCUGCUAUUCUCUCAGUGCGGCAGACAAGAAGAUGGUGACGUCCACCAUGACGAAGAUGGUGGGACCGGAGGCAGAGUAG